CGACUGUGCGUUUAAUCGGCGGCUGGGGAGAAGCAGGCAGCUUUGUCCGUCUGCCCCUCUCACCCAGAAACACCCGGAGGGAAGUGAGCCAAAACGGGAAUAGCAGAACACACUUGAAGCGGUGCGGAGUUCCGGAGCGACUCGUCUGUUACCGGGGAGGGUGUCAGCGUGCUCGCGGUCUGUUGCUGUAUUUUCAUGAGGCAGCCUCGUUAUUCAGGGCGACCGCCAGUCAGCAUCGCCGCCUCGAUUCCCGGAAUCCAAUGCUGAAAAUCGGACCACCUCACACAGAACACACCGUGGAUAUGGAAUGGUGCAUGCUGCCGGGUCAAGUUUUCAGCCUCUGAACCCCACCGGAAUCAUGGACAGUCAUCCGCUGUGCACUCGGCUUUGUCCGCACUCGCUGGAUAAGGAGGACGGAGUGGAGAGACAAGGGCCUGUUACACUCAACCCUCGGCACAUGAGGAAGGCUUUUAAAGUCAUGAACGAGCUGCGCAGCCAGAGCUUGCUGUGUGAUGUCACCAUUGUGGCGGAGGACGUGGAAGUGGCUGCUCACAGAGUCGUUCUCGCCGCGGGUAGCCCGUACUUCCACGCCAUGUUCACAGGGGAGAUGGCAGAGAGCCGAGCCAAGCGGGUCAGGAUUAAAGAGAUGGACGGCUGGACUCUGGCGCUGCUGGUGGACUACAUCUACACCGCUGAGAUACAAGUCACCGAGGAGAAUGUGCAGGCGCUGCUUCCAGCCGCCGGCCUGCUGCAGCUGAACGAGGUGAAGAAAACCUGCUGCGAGUUCCUGAGCUCGCAGCUUCAUCCGUCCAACUGUCUGGGGAUACGAGCCUUCGCCGACCUGCACGCCUGCUCCCAGCUCCUGGCCCAGGCCAACAGCUACGCAGAGCAACAUUUCACAGACGUCGUGGGCAGUGAGGAGUUCCUAAAUUUGGGCAUGGAGCAGGUGUCCAGCCUCAUCGCAAGCGACAAGCUCACCAUCCCCACCGAGGAGAAGGUGUUCGAGGCCGUGGUGGCCUGGGUCAACCACGACAAAGACGUGCGGCAGGAACACUUGGCUCACCUGAUGGAGCACGUUCGCCUGCCGCUGCUCUCCAGGGAGUACCUGGUGCAGCGUGUGGAGGAGGAGUCUCUGGUGAAGAACAGCAGCGCCUGCAAGGACUAUCUGAUCGAGGCCAUGAAGUACCACCUGCUGCCGGCCGACCAAAGAGCUCUGAUGAAGACGGCUCGCACCCGCAUGAGGACGCCGGCCUGCUGUCCGAAGGUGAUGGUGGUGGUUGGAGGGCAGGCUCCCAAGGCCAUCCGGAGUGUGGAGUGUUACGACUUUGAGGAGCAGAGAUGGUACCAAGUGGCUGAACUUCCGACACGGAGAUGCAGAGCAGGUGUGGUGUAUGUCGGCGGCUGCGUGUACGCAGUGGGAGGCUUCAACGGUUCCCUCCGCGUGCGGACGGUGGACUGUUAUGACCCCCUGGUGGACCGGUGGACCAGCGUGAGCAGCAUGCAGGACAGACGGUCCACACUGGGAGCGUCGGUGCUCAACGGUCUGCUGUAUGCAGUCGGGGGGUUCGAUGGCAGCACAGGUCUCUCAACGGUCGAGGCCUACAAUGCCAAAACGGACGAAUGGUUCCACGUUUUGCCCAUGAGCACCAGACGUAGCAGCGUGGGUGUUGGUGUGGUAAAUGGGAUCCUGUAUGCAGUGGGCGGCUACGACGGCGCGACCAGACAGUGCCUCAGCACAGUGGAGGCCUACAACCCGAAGAGCAGCACGUGGAGUUUUAUCGCUGAGAUGGGAACGCGACGCAGUGGAGCUGGUGUAGGCGUCCUAAAGGGUUUGCUGUACGCCGUGGGAGGUCACGACGGGCCGCUAGUGAGGAAAAGCUGCGAGGUUUACGACCCAGCAUCCAACAGCUGGCGACAGGUUGCCGACAUGAACAUGUGCCGCCGCAAUGCAGGUGUUUGUGCGGUCAACAACAUUCUGUAUGUGGUGGGCGGCGACGACGGGAGCUGCAAUCUGGCCUCCGUGGAGUUUUACAAUCCAAAUUCAGACAAGUGGACGUUACUGCCGUCUUGUAUGAGCACAGGACGCAGUUACGCAGGUGUGACGGUGAUCGACAAGCCCUUAUGACUGCUCUGACAGCUGCCACUGAUUUGGAGCAGAACCAUGCUGAUCUUGGCUCUGUCUGUGAUGCCAAGACUUCAAUGUUGGGCAGCGUUGGCACCUGCACCGACGAAGAGCAGGGCAGGAUUGUUGUCGCUCACGACUGCAACGUCCACGACGACGACGAUGAUGAUGAUGAUGAUGAUGAUGGUGAAGAUAUUUGCACUUGGCCAAACGGGGGAGCUGGUUGAACCUGUGUUUUAAACUGGCGGGUCGCACGCCUGAACCGCCGCCGGGCCGCUGAUCGUGAGCUGCAGAAUAAUUUCAAAGUGGACAUCUGCCGAGCCUCUUCCGCAGCGAAGACUUGAGAAGCACUCGGGACUUGAAAUCUUUGUUUUACAUUUCAUAUAUUGCAGAGAAGGAAAUGUGCGUACGCCCUGGCUUUUUAACAGCGCUCAUCGCUUGCACAUGUGAGCCUGUGUGUUUGUGUACGUCUGUGCGUGGUGAUGUCUGGUCCAGCGCCGCAUGAACGCACACUGACCUCUGACCCGUUCCAGUGUUGCCGUGUGGCUGUUCAAGAGUGCCUGAAUAUGAACACCCUUUGUUAUGCUUUCAAGAAGGGGGCGGGGCUGACGUGCCAGCUGGCUGGAUCAGUGACGGAGGUUCUGCAUGAAAACAGUGCUGCUUGUUGGGAUUUUUUUUUAUUUUGCCAAAAACUCUUGGGAGCUGGAGGGAGAAGCUUCAGUGCUUUGUUGUCAGCCGGCAGCCAUGUUUUCUGUGGUGGUUGCCACUCAUAGCCACACUGCAUGCUCUCCACUGCUGAGCUUCGAUCGUGCCAACUUCUUUCUCGCUGUAGCAGUUCUGACUACUGAACACCCUGACAUACUAUGAAUGUGCCAAUUUUACGACGUCUCUUUCGUUCCCCGCCGAGCUUUUCGUUGUCUCUCUAUCUCUGGAAAGUGACCAAACUCUACUUUUUAUUUUCUUACUCGUCGAUCUCUCUCUUUCUAUCUCUCCUCCCAUUUGAAAACUUUGCUAGUAACUGAUAUUGCUGUUUCUCGUCCGUGUAUAAAGGAAUGUCAAGUAGGCUAAUGACUUUGAAAUGUUUUACCACUUGUUUUAUGUUCUCGUUAAUAAAUAUGCUUCUUGUAUUUAAAACUGUGGAAAGCUACACUUU